AUGGCCGAAGAGAUGGAGACGCACGUGAGCAUGCUGGAGUUCCACGCCAUGCCCAAUUGCGUGCGUCUCUUCCGUAGUCGCUACGUCAGCGUGUACCGCAAAGGAAGUCGAUGCGCCGCCAACUUGCUCUCGUCGGCCGACGUGCACGCGCUCUUUCUGCACGAGGAGGGGCUUUUGGGACUCCUCCGCGUCGCCAAAGCCAACGGCGUCGAAUGCCAGUACAGCGUCGCGCUGAGGUGCCUCCCGUGCCUCUUUCGCCUCCUCGGCGCAACGGGACUGGCCGUGCAGCGCCAAGCCGCCGCUGCCCUCAAAGCGCUCUGCGCCAACGCAGUCAACAAGCCAUUCAUUACCGACAACGGAAUUAUUCCCGCGAUCAUUUUGCUCCUGCGCGCGCAAGACGUCGAGUUGCAGCCAAGGGCCGCGGGUGCGCUCUGGCAUCUCUCGUUGCAUUUGCCAGUCAUUUGUCGCCGAGAGCGGUCUUGUCCGCUUUUUAAAGCGUGCAAGUUCGAAGAGUUGAAGCUACAGUGCGCCGGCGCGCUCGCAAAUCUAAGCGAGAACACGAAAACUCAGAAGGUGCUCGUUGCCCAAGGCAGCUUGCACGCGCUCAUGGAGCUCGCGAAAGCGAUGUUGCAUCAUGCAGCACACGGCGCGCGCGUUCGCCAACGUGGCGAGAACCAAGUCAACGUCUUCUCGACGGACGAGCUCAAGGCCAUGUUUAUGCUCGCGAACCAGCUCCAGAUCGCGCACCUCGGGGGCUUUGUACUGUUGAUUGCACUGCUCACGAGUUUCUUCCUGGCGUGUCGCGAGUACGCAGCGCGGUGUCUCUACCGCUCCAGUGCCCACAAAGAGAACCAGCACCACAUCGUCGACGCCGGCAGCCUCGGGCCUCUCAUCGCGCUCGUCUCGGACGCCGCGUUCGUCGAGUGCCAGCGCAACGCAGCCAUAGCGCUGUGCAACCUGGCGAGCUGUCACGAGAACGAGCUCCCGAUCGUUGAGGCGCACGGCCUCCCGCCGCUCAUCCAGCUGCUCGAGUCGCCGAGUCCCGAGUGCACGCGGUAUGCGGCCAUGACGCUCUGCAACCUCGCAGGCAACUCGGCCAACCAGGUCCACAUCGUCAAGGCGCACGGCCUCAAGCCGUUGAUUCGCGUCGCGUCGGAGGCCAACGCCGAGAGCGCGCGCUACGCGUGCAUGGCGAUCGCAAACGUUUCGACGCACCGCCAGAACCGGCUCGUGGUCGUCGACGAAGGCGCGCUGCGGCCGCUCGUGUCGCUGGCGACGUCCGACGUGCUCGAGUGCCAGCGCAGUGCGACGCUCGCCAUCUACAAUGUGUCGUGUGCGGCCGUGAACCAAGUGCGCAUCGUCGAGCAGAACGUGCACGUCCAUUUGAUCGAACUCGCGACGUCGCCGGACACGGACUGCAAACUGUAUGCGACCAUGGCGCUGUGCAACCUCACGGCCAACGCCGAGACGCGGAUUCCCGCGUCGCGCGCCGGCGGGCUCCAGGCGCUUAUCGUCGUGCACGGUAGCCUCGCCGCGAUUCUCUUGCUCUGGGACUCGGACGACGCCGACGACCAGCGGUAUGCGAUCAUGGCGCUUGCCAACUCGGCCGCGAGCGAGACGAACCACCCGACCAUGACUGCACGCGGUGUGCUCAAGGUCGUUUUGCGCUUAGCGACGGCGCCACGCGACGACAUUCGGCAGUACGCCGCCUUUGCCCUCGCCAACUUUGCCGGCAACGCCGAGCACUGCAACACGAUCGGCGACGAGGGCGGCGUCGCGCCGUUGAUUGCGCUCGCGCACUCGGAGGACCCGAACGCGCACGCGAUCGCGGCGCUUCGGCGGCUCUGCCAAGUGUCGGCCACGAACCGCGGGCGCAUCGUGCGUGGCGGCGGCCUCGUGCCCCUCGCCUUGGCCGACCACUCGGAAGAGCUCGAGACGCAGCGCGAGGUGGCUGCGACGCUCUGCAACUUGAGCUUGAGCGACGAGUACAAGAUGGAGAUCGUGCUCAGCGGCGCGCUCCCGCCGCUCAUCACGCUGGGGCAGUCGCCGGACGUCGAGGUCGCGCGGCAGGCGUGCGGUGCGAUUGCGAACCUCGCCGAGAAGAUCGAGACGCACGCGACGUUUGCAGCGGCGCACGGCGGGCGGUUUCUUAUCGGUCUCAUGCGCCACAAGAGCAUCGACAUCCAUCGCGACGCCUCGCGCGCGAUGGCCAACCUCCUCACCUCCUUUGGCCACCACGGCGACAUGAUUGCUGAAGGUCUUCCGAAUUUGAUCCACUUGGCGCUCAGCGUCGACACCGAGUGUCAGUACAACGCGGCAUUGGCGCUGCGGAAGCUCGCGCCCAACACGGCGAGCCACCGAGGAAUUGUCUGCGAAGGCGGGCUCAAGUCGCUCCUCUUUCUGCUCGAGUCGAAAGAAACCAACAUCCGCAAGCACGCCGUCGUCGCGCUCCGGGACGUUGCGUCCAACGCCGCGUACCAAGUGCGCUUUUACGAAGAGGGCGGCGUGAGUGCGCUCGUCACGUUCGUGCGGGACGUCGAGCCCAACUUGCAGUGCCCCGCACUCGCCGCACUCCGCCACCUCUCGUGUGCCACGGAGCUCAAGAAACCGAUUGUCCAGGCAGGCGUCUUGCGCCCGCUGCUCAAAUGCAUCAACCCGGCCGGCCACCACGUCGACUUGCUUUGCCAGUGCGCGGGCUUGCUCGCGAACCUCAGCGAACACCUCGAGAACCAGCUCACGAUGGUCGAGAAAGGGGCGACGACCGGUCUCAUCCAGCAAGACGUGGCGCGCGCGCUCGCCAACUUGUCGGCCAACGAAGACAACCACAGCACGAUCUACAAGCAAGGCGGGCUCAAGUGCCUCAUCGGGCUCACGAGGAGCAAGGAAGAGGUGUGCCAGCGCUACGCGGCCAUGGGGCUCCGCUUCCUCGCGUCCAACCCAACGAUCCGCGUGCACAUUGUGCAAGAGAAUCUGCUGCCGCCGUUCUUGGCGCUGGCGCAGUCGCCCGCCCUCGACUACCAGCGCACGGGCGUCCGGCCCCGACGAGGUCGCGAUCGUCGAAACCGGCGCGCGCUCGCGCUCGCCGGCCUCGCGCUCGGCGACCACGGCCACAACAAACUGCGCAUGGUGACGGACGGCGCCGUGCGGCCGCUCGUCGAGAUGCUGCGGUACCCGAGCGUGGAGAUUCAAAAGUGCGGCUGCUUGGCCUUGAACGCCCUCACGCUCGGCAAGCACGCGGCGACGAAGCUCGCCGUGCUCCAGGAAGACGGGCUCUUGCCGCUCUUGGCGCUCCUGAGUGCGUCCGACAUGGAGUGCGUCUGCAUCGCGCUCUACUGCGUCGGGUCGAUCGCCGAGCACAUGGACGUGCUCACCAAGCUCCUCGAGCUCGGCGCGCUGGCCCAUAUCGUGCACCAGAGCCGCCAGCCGGACCUCGAGGUGAAGCGCAACUGCGGGUACAUUUUGGCGCUCGACGUCGAACACCACGAGUUCCACGACGACUUUGUGCGCGAGGGCGGCUUGCAGAUCGUGGCGCAUCUCGCGUCGAACCGCGAGUACCAGGUCAAGUUCGUCAACAUGGGCGCGCUCCGACCGCUGAUCGCGAUCAUGUCGGUCAACGCCGAGCCGCGCCACUACGCGGGCCUCGCCUUGCUCAAGCUCGCCGACAACUACGAGAACCACAUCAAGAUCGCCGAAGAAGGCGGCAUCCAAGCUCUUUUGCGCAUUGCGCGCGCCCGCUCGACGGACGAAGAGCUGCAGUACAAGGCGUCCAUGAGCCUCGGGCAGCUCGCGGCCAACGCGACCAAGGUCAUGCCCAAGGGUCGCCACAGUAACGAUGGCGUUGGCGCAGGUGCGUCGCGCAUGGCUGCCACGACCGAGCAGCUGCAAGCACGCAAAGCGCGCGAAACCACCACCGAGUACAUUGAAAAGAAGAUUCGCGCCCAGACCGAUGCCAGCGGAUGAACCUGCCAUCAACAAUGUUCCCGUAAUAUAUUUUACAUGUCAAAGGGGGGAAGCACGCAUUAUACGUGUUUGCUCGACAAUCAAUCUCGU